AUGCAACUCUCCAAGCUCGUUAUUCUUAGCGUCACCGCCCUGCUCUCCGCCACUGGAGAAGCAUGCAAGUGCUACGGAAGCAACGGCAACCUGAACAAUGGCGCAACUCACAAGUGCUGUAACGAUUACCAUGGCGUUUACUCUGGAAACGACUGCAGAGCUGGCUCAAUCUCUGAGCAUCUUCGUGGAUUUGAUAAGUGCUGCAAGGGUCAAGGCUCGGACUGUGACUUCCCUGGUCGUGCCGCUGCCCUGGGUCAGGAAAUGAGAGCUGUCAAGCACGUCGAAAUCAAGACUGCUCUUGCCAAGUAA